ACAAACCUCCAAACAAGUCAGCGAGAUCCAGUCACAGCGAGGAAAGCAGAGAAACAGAGGGAGAGCUCACCGCCGUCCAGCCCCCCAGAUCCACCGCACCCCAGCGAGCGAGCGAGAGAGCAUGGCGGCGGUGGGCGGCGACGCGGCGAGCAUGGUGGCGGUGGGCCUGGUGUGGGGCGCCACCAACGCGCUGAUGCGCCGGGGAGCGCUCGUCUGGGACCGCCGCUCCCGCUCCCUCCCCGCCGGCACCGGCGCCGUCCGGCGGUGGGCCGACCUGCUCCUCACGUGGCAGUACUCGGCGCCGUUCGCCGCCAACCUCUCCGCCUCCGCGGCCUUCUUCCGGCUCCUCGGCGACGCGCCCAUCUCCGUCGCCGUGCCCGUCACCAACGCCACCACCUUCGCCGCCACCGCCGUCGCCGCCGCGCUCCUCGGGGAGGCCACCCGCGCCGCGCCCGCCGCACUCGGCACCGCGCUCAUCGUCCUCGGCGUCUGGGUCUGCAUCUCCUAGCUCGCUAACUUCCAAGGGUCCGACUGCAUCUGCAUCACUGUCCUCAUCUGUCUUCAAUGUUGUCUGCAGAAUUAGUCUGAAUUUGGUCUACUUGUGUAGUAAAUGUUUGAGAUCAUAAUUUGUGCCUUUGAUGCUAAAAUGUACGCUGAAUGCGCUUAUUUUUCAGGCCUGGAUAGGGAACUUGUAAUUGUAUGUAUCACACAAAUGCUGCAGCAUCUCAAUUCAUCAAUUCUCUGUUUCCAA